CUCUCUGAGGGGGAGUAUGUUAGAGGAAUAAUUCCUAGUCAGUUGUAUGAGUCGGUGUUGAAGUGUGUGUGUGGGUCUGUGUGUUAUUGUGGAACCGGAACACAAGAUAUGACUUAAUAUCGAAAGUUUUUUUUGUCGCGUUUUGUUAUGUUGGGACACCAAGACAUUUAAUAAGUGCCGAAAUAAGAGUGUAUCUAUGCGAAUGUUGCGUCUUCUGUCAGCAUUUGGGCAGCCUCUGACAGUGCAUUGGUCAGUGGCAACAAUACAAGUGUCGUCCAUCACUCACAAACUGAUCAAAUGUGUCAUCAGUUUUUGGUACAUCGAGAUAGCAUAAUCCUACUGUGGUCAUGGAUUGGCCUGUUAAGUAUUCGUAGUGUGUUUGAAAUGACUUCACCUGUAGAGCGUGUGAUGCCAAACUUCCUAGUCUUUUGCUUCCUCCCUAUUUCCACCCAUCCACUUCUCCUCCUCCUGUGUCACAACUGUCAACCUCAGUCGUUGUCUUCCUCUACUUUGCUUAGAUACUGUGUGACAUUUUUGUCCAACAUGUUGCCUCUGUGGGUCUCUAAACCUCCAGAUUCUUAUAACUCUGUCUACUUUCUACAUGAGCAUGUCCCGCUGAUAUGUCCCGAUGAUCUACUCAAUUCUAACUUGCCGUCUUGUCUUUGUAUCAGAACUCAUUCAUAACUUUAAUAUUCAGGUUGCACCAGACUGGUGACAUUUCUUAAAAAUUAAAUCCAACGUUGAUACCAUUAAUUUAAUGUAUUUAUCAUCAAAUUAAAUUAUUAUUUUUUGGACAUGUGAUGAAACUUGGUUCAGAGGAAGGAAGGCUGACCAAUUCAGUUCUGGUCAAUACUGAAGCCAGCACAGUCCCCACUUGUUUCUCCAGCUUUCUUCACUUAAAAAUAGGUGCAUAUUCAAUUGACAUCCUGAAUCAUUUUGCAGCUAUCGACAACUGAAAGUCCAUUCUAAUGACUUUUAACCUUCUCCGGCUUAACUAUUAACUGGAAUGGAUAUGAAUAUUCCGGUUGAUCUCCUGCUCAGUAGGCAGCGACUAAAAAUGUAAGUGAAGAUAAGCAAUGCUGCCAAACUUCAUAACAGGCAGACCAGCAGUCUAGGGAGGGAGGCAUUGAAGGGAGUUUCCACCAGACACGGGCAGUUACAUCACUAGCAACAGUGAGUAAGUGUGGGGCUGCAGGGCGAGCAGGUGGUUACCCAACAAUCUGUGAAAGUAGGUCGAAGUUUCUGCUUUAUCGUUGCACACAAGUGCGACUUGACAAUGACAAUAGAAAGAUUAUGGACCAGAGUGCCUUAUUGUUAGUCCCUCAGAGGAGGUACGGCGUAACAACAGUUCAAAUGUUUUUGGGCUGCUUUUGUAGUGACACUUAGCUGUUGGCAGGCUUCAAGCUGACAGAUGUUUGUAUGGUGUUACUGCACGAUGAUGGGAAUAUACUGUCUGUCAACAGAGAGCAAGAGACUGAAAAUGGAUUUCUCUGUCACACAAUGGUUUUCUGCUGGCUUUAAAUAACAUGCUCAUCUUCAACAUUAUGAAAAACAAAGUGAUCAGAACUACCUUUUUAUGUUUUGUUUUGCUCCACUUCUACUGUGCAUUUGCUCUUUUAGCGCUUGGUGUUUGUGACCGACCCAGCAUCGGCUGUCACAGUCAUUUACAAUCAUCAUCCUUUCCCCCAAAGAUGUGUUGAUAAAAGAUUGAACCCUUCAGACUGAAAAAAAACGCAGUUGGAUUUGAUUUUAUUUGUGUCGAUGGUGGUGUGAUUGUUCUCACACACUGCCAGAAGAGCAUGCUGUCACUCAAGAAGUACUUCACUGAUAGUCUGAUGCAGAUGGCCAUUCUGCUCAGUCUGUGCGGCGUCAGAGUGGAUGUCGGUUUGGAAUCUUACCUGCACGAGAUGAUCCUUGGCCCGACCUCACUGCUAACCCACACUCCCUUCCACAACUUCUGCAACCGGCUGGCGGGCGGGCAGGGCCUGCACCCCAAGAGUGUGGAUCUGGACCGGUACUUCUGGACUCAGACGCUGCUGAGCUGGAUCUGCUCGCCGGACAGACUGCAGAUUCCUCAACAGGAGGUGGUGUCAUGGCUGGUCCAGCAAGAGCCGGAUCCUGCGUUUCCAGAGCAGACAACCCACACGUCCAGAGGUGUUGCUGCCACUGAGAGAAACCAGAGCCUGUGGGUAGCAGGAGACCAAGAUGUGGAGGAAGAGAUGCAGAAUGAGGAAAGCAGUGUGUCAAAUCAACAAAGAGCAGUGGGUGAAGAGUAUGUCAGAAGAGAUGGAGGUGAAAGUGCAGUGGCACAUGCACAGUCCAACCAGGAGGAGGUGAACCAGAGCUCCCUCCUGGAGUGUUUCAGACUGUUGGAGGUGACCUUUCCACUCUCACAGGAGGUCGAGUUCCAAGAUGUGGCUGCAGAAGAAGACAUGGACAAGGGUCCUACUGAGAGGUACCACGGCCCCAUCACUCACAUCGACUCGUCCACCUCUGAGAUGGACCUCCAGUGGCAGGACCUGCUAACUAUCUUGACACCACAGAACAUUCCCGCUUCAUUUGGCCUGGAUUCUGGAGAUCCCCUCUUCAGUCAUGGGGAAGCUCCUGGAACACAGGGAUUGGAGCGUGAACUGGAGUCAGGUCUACUUCCACUCAUUCCCAGUGCUCAGUUAGAUGACCACAGUUCCUCCUGUGACAGACAACACAGCCGCCCGAGUCGCACAGACACUCCUCCUGACCACAGCGGGUUGCUGAGCGUAGACUUGGGACUGAGCCUUGAAGACUCCUUCAACUCCUUUGACAUGCAUCUGCUCCCUGGAGAGCUGCAUGAAAAUGUGGAUCCUGCCUUUACAUCAGCUUUGCAGCCAGACUCCAGUUUGUCUUCUUCCUCAUCUCCCUCAUGUGCGCUAGAUGUUGAGGAUGAGGCGGAGUUUGAUGAACUCCUGCAGGAAGCUGCCGUCUUGGGUGAGAUGGAAUUUCUGGACCUGGCUCUGGAAGAAGGCUUCAGUUCUGAGAUGAAGGAUGAUGUCCUCUCCCAGUCCUCAGCAACACAUGAGCAGCGGCUGGCUAGUGGACCUCAGCAAGAAGCUGAGAGUGAAGUGGACUCUGACUCUGGUCUCUCGCUGGACUUCAGCUACAGUCCUUCAUCUCCAUGUGUGUCAAGCAUCUCCACCUCCUCCCCUUCUACUUCAGAGGGAGGCGUUUCUAAUGGGGAUAAUGGCUCUGAGGUAGGGUUCGAUUCCCCAGACAUGGAAGCUGGGGUGACCAUUAAACAGGAGCAGGAAGAAGAAGAGCUCGGAGCGGUGGGUGGGCACUGUCCAGAAGAUGUGAAAUUCUUUUCGCCUAACUUUGGUGACAAUAAGAUCCUGACCCCAUGCUGUACCCAGGAGGUCAGCCACGACCACACCUACCACCAGCCCUGGAGACCUUCCUCCCCCAUCAAACCUAGCAGAUCCACCAGAUCACAUGUCCACAGGAAGCUUCCUUUCUCCAGGCGGCACUCGGAUUCAGAGAUGCGUAGCCGGGAUGAGCGGCGAGCCCGAGCCCUGAAGAUCCCUUUCUCGAAUGAGCUGAUAGUUCACCUGCCUGUGGAGGAGUUCAAUGACCUGUUGGCUGAGUACCAGCUGACUGAGGACCAGCUCACCAUGGUCAGGGACAUCCGGCGUCGUGGCAAGAACAAGAUCGCUGCUCAGAACUGUAGACAGAGGAAGCUUGGUGUCCUGCGGGGCCUCGAGGUUGAGGUGUCGGCCCUCAGGCACCGUCGUCUUCGGCUGCUCAGAGAGAGACAGGAAGCCUUGAGGAGCCUCAAAGAGAUGAAGCGGGAACUGAGAACCCUGUACUGGGAGGUGUCCUCCAGUUUAAGAGAUGAGUUGGGGCGACCACUGGAUUCCACACAGUUCCAGAUUCAUGUCGGGCCAGACGCGACUGUUGGCGUGGAGUCACACACGCACGAGCAGUCGAGUGCGUUUGGAAAAACACGCAAGAAGCGAAGGGAAAAGAGAACGUGAAUUAUUCUCAGUCGUUCAUGUACUUAUACCUCCUUCCGGUGGAAUCGGGAGAGUCCCAGUUCUGCUACAGUUGUAUGUUGGUCAUCCACUUUUUUGAAUGAGAAAGUGCCAGGUACUUGAGUUUGACAUGUGUCAGCUUGAUUACAGGACAGUUCAUAUGAAUUGGGUUGAUUUCUAAUGUCUGCAUUCGCGUCUGGAGAUCAGAUGGAGCUCAAACAGAAGUCAACAUGACGCCGUGCAGCAGUCGUGAGGGUCACAUGCCUCAGUACCUCAGGGGUGUUCUGAACAGGUACAUCGCAUGGUCAAGCAAUGGCAGCCACGUCCUACUGUGGUCCGAGUGGAUCAGCAAUAUUUCAGGACUUGGUGACUUCAUCCACAUCUAAAACUGUGUUUUUUAUCUUUGUAUUUGUAUUUGGAAAUGUGCUCAUGCUUCAGAGAACCUGUGAGGAAUCAUUUUGUUUGUCCUGUCUGCUAUUACUAAUGGUUUAAACGUUGAAUAUUCAAGCUGCCAAGGUGUUAAAAUGUUGAAUAAAUUUUUUAAAUUGUUAUUGUCA